GUUAGUGCGCCUGCCUGCUAGUCGGAAGAUGGGGAUUUUUUUCAUUCAAACAUACACCUCUCCUUUUCCCUCCCCCUUUCCCAAACAAGCAGUCAGUCUGUCAAUGUGCUCCGAGCGUUAGGCAAGUCAAACGAGUGGGAUUUUGAACUAGUGAGACGGGGGACAUAUCGAAUGGAAACCAUUGCCGGAGAAAGGAAACUAUCCAGAUUCCAAAUGACUCGCCACACCAGACAGGAGAGUCUAUAACAUAUGAGUUACAGUUCUAUUUAUUAUUCCAAGUUUUCCUUUGCUCUUGUUCGUCUAGUAAGGACUGAAGUUGAAUAGGCUGGAGAUGUUCUAGCCUUCAGUUCUCUUUCUAGUCCAGUGUUUUAAUUUGUUCAGUGAUAAAUUGACUGCUGGAUUUGUCAACACCACCUGAGUUCGUUUGUUUGAAUUGCCAGGCUCAUUUACAAAUCGUUUGGGAAAGAAUCUUGAUUUACUCACUGGAAGAGAAGAGAAAGGACAUGCAGUGGGGACUAAACCGUGCAAUGACAAAUCCACCGACCAGCGAGCAUCAACACGUACUGAUGGAGCUCCUGUUCUAAACUGGAGAAAAGCCUCUUCUAUUUUUAAACACACCAUUUGCGCUUAUGUCUCGAAUCUUUUGAAACGGCAAUUUCUUUCUCAGAGACAAAACUGUAAAGAAAAUAAGUAGUAGAAAGGAAUGGGAGAGAAACCGAAGAGAAUCGGCGCAGAGAACAAGGGAACAUUGUCUGGCAAAACACAAUUAUAGGGAACACCAACACGCAACAGAAAAUAGCUCUCCUGGAGCGCCUAUCAAAUCCGGAUAGAAAUCGAUUCUACGGGUGUUCUUUUUGUGGAAGAACGGGAGUUGUGCUCAAGCCAUUGAACAUCGCCUGCACGCAGCCUAUAUGGUCGGCCAACGGUCACAGAUAGAGCAACUUUCUCUGCCAUAGUUCAGUGUCAAUUACUACGUUGUGUGCUCUAUUUUCGGUGUAUAUCCAUGCGGUUGCCCAAGGCACGAUAUCUCCUCUUCGCGCAUUGAGUGACUCACCUAUAGCUUACACGGCUAUAGCCUAGUCUUUGUUUGGAAAGCCCCCAGUCUCCAACCUCAUAGAAAAUAUACCAUUAAUUUUUUUAAUGGGGUUAAAUAAUAGGGGUUGUGGAGUUGCAAUGGCGUGUCGGAGAAGUGGGAGUAGACUGGGAUUUGUGCUGAUAUUCUUACUGGAUUUACUGGGAACGGCAGUGAGCAACAUGGAGCCUAUCUUCUGGAAUUCCUUGAACAAAAGGUUUUUGGACGAUAAGGGCUACGUCCUCUACCCUCAGAUUGGGGAUCGUCUGGAUCUCAUCUGUCCGUCGUCGGACCCCCCCAGCCAGCGGGCCCCCGCCGAGUACGAGUUCUACAAGCUGUACCUGGUGUCGUCACGUGAGCAGGCGGACAGGUGUGAGGUGACGGGUGCACCCAACCUGCUCCUCACCUGUGACAAGCCCAACAAUGACAUGAGGUUCACCAUCAAGUUCCAGGAGUACUCUCCUAACCUGUGGGGACACGAGUUCAAAACCAACGCUGAUUACUACAUCAUCGCUACGUCAGAUGGGACGCGCCAGGGCCUGGAGAGUAUGAAGGGAGGAGUGUGUGCCACACAGGGCAUGAAGGUGGUCCUCAAAGUGGGACAAAACCCCUAUGGACUGCCCCCGAAACCUGCCAAACCAGACCAAAGUGCGGGUCGUACCAACACCAGAAAUACAGGUGGUGCUGGUAACGCCACCCAUCCCAGGGUUCCUAGCGGUGGCGGCGGGGAUUCGGGAGACGCGGGAGGUGAGAACGGACCCCUCCCCCCCUCCAACGUGGCAGUCAUUGCCGGCGCUGCAGGGGGCUCUGCCUUCCUCCUCCUGGUCACCGCGGUGAUCUGCGUGGUGUGUUACCGGCGGCGACAUGCCAAGCACUCGGAGUCCCACCACCCGCCCCUGUCACUCUCCUCCCUCACCAGCCCCAAGAGGCACGGCGGCGGGCACGGCGGCGGCCAUGGUGGCGGUAACAACAACGGCUCGGAACCCAGUGACAUCAUCAUCCCGCUGCGGGCUUCGGACUCGGCAUACUGUCCUCACUAUGAGAAGGUGAGCGGGGACUAUGGUCACCCCGUCUACAUUGUCCAGGAGAUGCCCCCCCAGAGUCCAGCCAACAUCUACUACAAAGUAUGAGGGCAGUCGCCAUGACAACCUACAGUACUACCAACUACAACCUACCCUGUCCUAUACAGUACAGUACCACCUACAGCCUACCUACAACCUACCCUGUCCUAUACAGUACAGUACCACCUACAGCCUACCUACACUCACUGACUUACUCUCCAAAACCACAAAGAUCUUUAGUCCCCUAUACAGUAUCUGAACUGCCCUAUCCAUCCCCAAUCCCAGUCACAAGUGUGUGCAUCUAGCUAACUGAAGAGGCCAUCCGUACGCCCACCACUCUUCACUCAACUGUGUCACUAAGCUAAGUGUGGAGGGUUUAGUAUAUAACCCCUCACUCAGCCCCCACCGGCCCCUUUAAAGAGGACAGCACUGGCAAGAGACUCUGGGCCCCACUUCUUUUAUUUCUCUCACCGUGAAUCAAACCCCCCCUCACCAGAGCUGAAGAGAAGAGUCCCGCCCUGUACACCAUGAGGACAAGUGUGUGAGAACACGCACACCAAGCUAGUGUGAGAGAACACACACUAGUAACACCACAACAUGAACUUCUGGGACUGACCCCUAGAAAAACCACCAACCAAUCAUAUCCAGAGAACGCUGUAUCUCUCCAAUGCUCCUGUCCUGUACCAGACCUACCUGCCUCCUGAUUGGACCCUGAGACUAACUGUGGCCCCUGAUGUUAUAACUCACAAAUAGGAUCCUAGUUUGUUUGUGUGUGUAUGGUUUGUCAUUGGACCAGGGGCCUCUGACUCUCUCACCCAAUCAGAAAGCUGGGCUAGGGUCACGUGAUCAAGCCCAGGUGCCCGAGGUCAGACCAAUCGAGUCUUAGUGACAUUCAGAAUCUUGUAUAUUUUAAUAAUGUGUGUGUUUGUGUAUGUGCGCGUGCGUGUGUGUGUGUGUGGGACUAGGAUAAUAAUUCUGACACUGCUGUUGCACAGAAAAGUGUGUGUGCAGUUAGUGUGCUUUAGUACAGUGUGUGUGUGGUGUGUGUGUUAAUCUAUGUGUAUACGCUACGUGUGAGCGAAUAUGUGUAUGUUCGCGUGUCUUCUUUAGACUUGUCUUAAAAACCAAAACACAAAAAAGUGAGCGAAUAUUAAAAAAAAUGUGAGCAUUUUUUAUUGCUAGCAACAAUUACAGAUUAUAUAUGAAUAUGAAUAUCCAGUAAAUAAUUUCUAGACGUCUUGUUUUUUAUAGUUUUUUAUUUUGAUUCCUCCACUUGUAAAACAACACUUCUGUUAUACUGCUAGAUCUUUUUUUAUCCUGUGCUUUAUUUUUUGCGAUUUAGAAACCUGACCCUGUUUCCUUCCCCUUUGAGUUGUAAAUUAAUUGAAUCCCUUUGUUUUUCUUUCCUUGGCAAACUGAGGUCGUUUCUCUCUCCCUCCC